AUGCUAGGCCUGCUGACGCAGCCGCGCGCGACAGCCGGCAUGGCCGCUGUGGCGGCGUGCGACCUGCCAGUGGCAGACCAGCAGCUGCUGUCCCACACGCUUCGCGGGCGCCUGUCGAUCUCGCCGCAGCUUUCCGACGCGAUGCUUCAGCUUGCAACCCCCAGGGCCGCGGCGCAUACAGGCGGCGGCGAUGGCACAGCGGCGGGCGGUCAGCAGGGCCGGGCUGCGGCGGUCUCCAACGUCGGCGACGGCGGCGCUCCGAGGCAGCCCCCUUCCCCGCAGCCUAUUGAGGACCAGCGCAGGCAGCAGCAGCAGCAGCAGCAGCAGCAGCAGCAGCAGCAGCAGCAGCAGCAGCAGCAGGAAUCAGGCGCCUUGGACAGCCUGCAGGGUGCUCCCGCCUCGAUGGCGCCCCCUGCACUCUCAUCCCCAAUCGCCUCAACCCCCGCGGUGCAGCAGCAGCAGCAGCAGCAGCAGCAGCAGCAGCAGCAGCAGCAGCAGCAGCAGCAGCAGCAGCAGCAGCACGCCUCACCGCCGCGACGUCCACCGCCCUCAGACAACUGUCGCAUGGCGGCGCUGCAGGCGCAGCUGACCUCUGCCAACGACCGCGCGGCCGCGCUCGAGGCCCGGCUGCGCGCCAAGGCGUCAGAAGCGUCGCAGCUCGACGCGUACCGCCGCCGCGCCGCCGAGCUCGAGGCGCUCUGCACGCUCUCCGCCGCGGAGCUCGCGCGGUCGCAGGAGCGCGCGGCCGCGGCGCAGCGGGCGGCGGCGGCGCAGAUCAAGGCGCAGCAGCUGAGGAUUCUGGUUUUAGAGGAGCGGCUGCGCGCAGCAGCCGAGGGGUCAGAAGAGCUGCGCACCGCGCUGCUGCACCAGCAGCUAGCGGCGCACGCGCAGGCGCAGGCGCAGCGCGCGCAGCACGCGGCGCUCGCGCGCGCCGGCUCGUCCGGGGCGGCGCUGGCCUUUGAUGCGGCUGCGGUCGCGGCGGCGGCGGCGGCGGCCGCGGCGUCGGGGGCGCUGCAGCUUGGCGGGCUGCCGCCAGACGCAUUGUUCCUGGGCGGCGGUGGCGGCGGCGGCGGCGGCGGCUUGAUGGAGCGGCAGGCGAGCAUGCCCGCCCUGGCGCGGCCCGCCGCCCUCCCCGACUUUGCGCGCGAGGGCGACGUGUGGUCGCUGCGCGCGGCGCCGCAGCCCGCCGCGGCCGGCCCCGCGCGCGUGCGGUCGCUCGCGCUGCCGCGCGGUGGCGGCGACGGGUGGGGCGUCGGGUCUGCGGUGAGCAGCGGCUUCGCGGCCGUGGCGGCGGCGCCGGCCGCGCCAGGCGCGUCCGACGGCGGCUGGGACGCGGCCGGCGCGCUGCUGGAGGCCGGGCGGCGCGCGUCGCUACUGGACGCGGCCGCGGCCGCGCAGGGUGGCGGCGGCGGCGGCGGCGGCGGGCGCGAUCAGUACGACGCGAUCUCAGAUCGCCAGGACGCGCAUCACCUCGCGGGCCUGCUGCCUUUCGAUCUGGAUUCCCUCGGAUCAGAUCGGAUCAGCGACACCGGAGCGCCCGUCGCGCCAAGGAAGCCGCCGUCGCCGCCCCCGGCCAGAGCCGCGUGCGGCGGCGGCGCGCGGUCGGCAGCGCUGCAGGCGGCGGCGGCGCAAAAGCACGGCGCCUUGACCUCCGCGGCGGCGGCGAUGACGGCGGCGGCGUCGGCGGCUGCCACUGCCGCACAGCUGGACAAGUUGUCGGGCCAAAGCGUGGACCAGCGCGGCCGCAG